AUGAUGCAAUGCAGUCCGAAUUGCCCACUUUUCUUUUACAUCGGACAACUUGACGAAACCAACCACAGAUUUAAAUAUUUAAUAGAAUUGCACGUUAGCAGCACCAUCAUCACCACCACCGCCGCCGCUAUCCAACAUGAGUACGGCGCUGCUGACGCCGGCACGUGCAGAGAGUGCUACGAGGAGGCUAGCGAGACUGAGGAGGAACUGAAGCGUGAGAUCGAAGAAUUAAAAUCAAAAGUUAACUUUCUCCGUUUCUGGUCCCCUGUGGACUCCCGCUCCCACCAUUACCACCGAUCUACAACCCCAUGCUUCACCGACGUACUUCUGGUGGCUUUUGAUGAAGAUUCCGGCAAACCUGUGGCCAAUUCUGUUCCUGUUCCAGCCAAUAAGGCCGUUCUGACGAGUCGUUCGCCAGUGUUCCGAGCCAUGCUUGAAACCGAAAUGGAAGAAAGCCUGAGUGGGACCAUCAAAAUAAGCGAUGUAUCUUAUGAUGCUCUGCGUGCAUUUGUGAAUUAUUUGUAUACAGCGGAAGCAUGUCUUGAUGAUGAAAUGGCAUGUGAUCUUUUAGUGUUGGCUGAUAAAUAUGAAGUAAAACAUCUCAAGAUUUACUGUGAGAAAUUCUUGAUUUCAAAACUCAACUGGGAGAGUUCGCUUUUAAGCUAUUCGUUUGCUCAUCAGCAUAAUGCAAACAACUUGCUUGAUGCCUCAUUAUCGAUAAUUUUGGAUAACAUGGAGAAGGUAAGUAAACGUGAAGAAUAUAUGGAGCUUGUGGAGAAAGAUCCACGGAUUGUUGUGGAAAUUUAUGAAGCAUAUUUGUCCAAACAAGUUAAUACCGCUGCUGCUGCUGAUAGCCAUGAAGAUAAGUCCACCUCGACGUCUUCUCCUUUCUCCCCCCGACGUCGUCAGCCUGCGUUUCCUCCGACAAGAGCUUCCCUAAUCUCCGCUUCAAUGGCUAUUAAAGGCAAAAAGUCACAGAAGAAACCAAACAGAAAGGAGAUUGUUUCUGUCAAGAGCAAAAAGAAAAAUGAUAUUCUGAGCGAGUCUGAUAUGGAAGACGAAGAACUGCAACAACAGCAGAGUAUCAAUAGUGAUGAAGGUGGGGAUUCGGGGUCGGAACUUUCGUUGGAUGGGGAUGAUACAUAUGCACGCGAUGUUUUAGGAGGCAACGACGAUGAAGUUAAGGGGUCAGGUUCAGAUUCGGAAUUGGAUUCCGGAUCCGAUUCCGAUCGGGAUCCUCAGGCAGAAUCUGCAGCUAUAGACAGAGAAAGUGCGAUAGUACAACAAGAGGGACAAGAUGAACUACAACUUAAUAUCAAAGAACAACCUGAUGAGUUUCGAUUGCCAACACAGGAGGAACUUGAAGAGGAAGCUCGUGGACCCCCUGAUCUUACUGGUCUCCAACAAAGAAUAAAAGAAAUUGUUAGGAUUCUCUCAAAUUUUAGUUCUUUGAGGCAAGAGGGAGCAACAAGAAAGCAGUAUAUAGAGCAACUUAAGUUGGAUUUAGGAUCAUAUUAUGGCUACAACGAGUACCUUAUUUCUUCAUUUGUGGAGAUGUUUCCACCUGUUGAACUUAUGGAACUAAUUGAAGCUUUUGAAAAGCCUCGACCAAUCACCCUACGUACCAAUACAUUAAAGACACGGAGACGAGACUUGGCUGGUGUUUUGUUGAAUAGAGGUAUCAACUUGGAUCCUUUAAGCAAGUGGUCAAAGGUUGGAUUGGUUGUAUAUGAUCAUCAAGUGCCAUAUGGUGCAACCCCAGAAUAUAUGGCUGGUCAUUACAUGGUGCAAAGUGCAAGCUCUUUUCUACCUGUAAUGGCCCUUGCUCCUCAAGAGAAGGAACGGAUUGUUGAUAUGGCGGCAUCUCCGGGUGGUAAAACCACUUACAUUGCCGCUCUUAUGAAAAACACUGGUAUUAUUUAUGCUAAUGAGAUGAAGGAGAAGAGGCUUAGUAAACUAACAUCUAAUUUACAACGAUUGGGUGUUACAAAUACUGUAGUAUGCAGCUAUGAUGGGAAGGAGCUCCCAAAAGUAUUGGGACAUAACACAGCAGACAGGGUUUUGUUGGAUGCCCCUUGCAGUGGUACUGGGGUUAUAUCUAAAGAUGAAUCUGUCAAAACCUCUAAAAAUGCCAUUGAUGUACAGAACUUCUCACGUCUACAAAAGGAACUAAUACUUGCUGCAAUUGACAUGGUGGAUGCAAAUUCAAAAUCAGGAGGUUAUGUGGUUUACUCCACAUGCUCCUUGAUGGUUGUUGAGAAUGAAGAUGUUAUAGACUAUGCACUGAAGAAGAGGGAUGUGAAACUCGUUCCAUGUGGACUAGAUUUUGGUCGCCCAGGGUUUGUUCGAUUUAGGGAACGCAGAUUUCAUCCAUCAUUGGAAAAGACAAGACGUUUCUAUCCACAUGUCCAUAACAUGGAUGGCUUUUUUGUUGCAAAGUUGAAAAAAAUGAGUAAUUCAAAGGGAGUUCCUGGAACAUAUUCUGAAGUACAAGAAGAAGAGGUGGAAGAAGGUUCUGAAAUCAUGGAAGAAGAAAUUCCUCAACAAAAACAGAAGAAAGAGGUUUUGAGAAAAGAGAAAAAAACCUCAAAUGAUGCUUCUCUUAAAAGAAAAAAACAAGAAGAAAAACCUGCCGCUUUUGAGAAGAGGAAGAAAUAUAAACCUCCUCCUAGAGAAGAGAUCUCAAAAGCCAGGGAAGAGAAGAGAGAAGCUCUAAGAGAAGCAAAGAAGAAAACAAAAUCCUCAAUCAAGAAAAGGUAGACCAGACCCAGGGUAUGAUCUGACUCACCAAAUUUAAUUCUGCCAUGGUCAAAAUUUUGUUCCAAAUUAUAUAUUUAUUUAUUACUUGAUGUUUUAUUUCUUUCUUGUUAUUUAUAUUAUAUUAUAAUAGAAUCUGUAUUGUAUUCGGGUUUUGUUUUUGAUUUAGCCAGGUUAAUUAAAUCAUUUUAGGCGGGCUUGUUAUAGAUUCUAUUAUUGUCCUUGCUUUUUUAUUUAUGCUCUCCAUGCCCCCCUUGUUUCCACAGUGAAUGCUUUUUACCAAGUAUUUAUUUAUUUAG